AUGGAUAUCCAACGCCAAUUUCCUGGUGUGCACUGGGUCUGGAGAGGAGGCAUCUCAUUCGUCUAUGAGGUACAUCCUCGCAUCGUUGUCAAGGUCCCCAAGUCUGGAGAGUUUGAGAGAGAGCAAUUUCAAAAAGAAGUCAAGAUCUAUGAGAUCUUCUCGCGACAUCCGCCCUGCCCGUCCGUGGUGCAGUGUUUCUACUACACAGGCACUGGCAUCUUCCUUGAAUAUAUGAGAGAUACCUCACUUUCCUCCAGGAUACAGAACAACCAUGUUCGGGACCAGCAGACUAGGGUAGUUACUAAAGUGGAAAAAUUGGAGCCUCUACCCUUGCGGAAGGAAUGGAUGAAUGACCUUGCUCAAGCCGUUGCUUUCCUCGAAUCGCUCAACCUCGCUCAUGGUGAUUUACGACCUGAAAAUAUCCUGCUUGAUCGUGAUCGACUGAAACUGUCCGAUUUUGAUUGUACCGCAGAAAUCGGGACAAUUUUUGAAGCUUGCAUAGCCCCAUAUGGAAGAAUACUCAGCAGCAAUGAAACCGACCAAGGACAAUGUGGAACUUCCGGCUUCUUAGGCCCUCGAACAGAGCAGUUCGCCCUCGGUUCCCUGUAUUACCUGAUAAAUUACGGCUUUGAGGUUUACGGAGAUCAAUGCCUCACCGAGGAUCCUAACGAGCAUGGACCUAAGGUCGUGGACUUACUGCAGAACAUGGAAUUCCCGAAGCUCAAUGUUGAUCCGCUUAUUGAUGAUAUCAUCAGCAAGUGUUGGCACAACAAGUAUUCCACGGUUGCGGAAUUGGCGGCGCACACACAGACGCUCCUUACUGAAGGGGCCAAGCAGGAAGAAAUUAACGCCCGAACGAUCUCCACCACCACCACCACCCAAAGGUGCAUGGAUAUAGGUCGCAUGGUUUGUGGGUUAUGGGGCAGCCUCGGUAACUGGAGGGCGUCAUUGCGACAGAGCCCCAGUGACGCCAAAAUUGAGGUCGCUAAUGGCAAAGAAUCAAUGAGGGAUAGCUGCGACGACAUGGAUGAAGACCAGAAAAAAGCUUUCUGUCAGGACUUAGAGAAACAUGGACUUCUGGACUUCCUUUCUUCGGCUGAACCUGAUCAGCUUGGCUUCACUUUCAAGUGGUAUAGACACACCUCUUGA